AUGAUACUAUCCAGUAAUAGGUCUUCGCGCACUUUACAGAAACUAAUUCUUCGAUUUACUUUAAAUUAUCUCCAUCUACUUGCUUCACAGCCUCCAGAGUAUACAUUACCCGGAGUACUUCAUUUUUUACAGGCAGAAUGGCGGAGAUAUGAAAGGGAUAGAAACGAAUGGGAAAUUGAAAGAGCUGAAAUGAAAGCACGUAUUGCUUUAUUAGAGGGGGAACGACGGGGUAACGAGAAUAUGAAAAAUGAUUUAAUGAGAAGGGUUAAGAUGCUCGAGUAUGCUUUAAGACAGGAAAGGAGCAAAUAUUUAGCCGCUGUUAACCCUGCCUCAAAUACCCAAUCAAUUAAAGGUGAUUCACCGACUAAUGAAGAAUCAUUUAAUUCAAUCACAAUCUUAGGACAUGAUCAACUUGUCAAGUCUCCCACAUCUGGACUACCAAGCUUAAUUACCAUGGGAUCCUUGCCAUACAGAAGUUUAUCUACAGCAGCCAGAGACCCAAAACAUCGUGGUAAAAGUCGCGAAAUUCUCAAAGCGUGUAUGCAAGAAAUUGACUAUCUGACGAAUGCUGCCACAAAUAUUGGUGCUAAUGGAAUUAGGCCAACAUCAACCACAACAACAUCAAGUCAUCCAUCUCCUGUACCAGAUGGAACAAAUAUAAUUCGAAAACACAGUCGUUCUAAUACAGUAUAUGCUGGGACAAAUACUGAGUCAUACAAUCUUAUAGGUCAUAAUUCUACGGGAACUGAAGAUAACGAAGAUUCCUCGUUUCAUUCUUCAAGUGUUCAAGACAAAAUUGAUGUGAAAAACUCAGACGAAGAACAAUCUUUGCCUACGUCACCAAAUCACGAAUCAGAAAAUUCAUUUACAUCUAUAUUAAAUGGGGCAAUGAAUAAAUCAUCAUCAUCACCUAAUGGUAAAUCGGAUGAACUCGAUGGAACAACAGCAAUAUGUAAUCCAAAAUCCAUAGGAAAUUCGAAAGGAAAACCAAAUCAAGCAAGACUCCGCGAUAAAUUCACAUCAGGAAAAAGUGCAGAAGACGUAAAAGAAGAGGAAGAACAACUGACUAAAGAUGUUCAAAAAAAAUUCAAUCUCUCAGACGAGAAAGUCAUAAAACUAAUGAAGAAUGCGAAGAAAACAAAUCAAGAAAUUUUGUCGAGUACUAGUGGAUCGGAUCCUCAGCUUGAUGACUUAGCAGUAAAUCCUAACUUCAAUAUAGAGGAUGACAUGGAUACACAAAUUUCAGAGUCAGAGAAAUUACACCAGAAUGGUUCCGAACAAAAAAUGUGGAGGCAGAGAUUUACUCUUCGAAGUCAUCUUGAUACGGUAAGGUCUGUAGCUUGGCAUCAAUCUGAUCUUUUGCUCGUUUCAGGGUCUGAAGAUGCAACAAUAAAAUUAUGGGAUCUAAAGAGUAUUACAUCACAAAAGCCUCCACCUAUGCAAGACAUUGAAGCAUCCAUCACUUAUCGUGGGCAUCUAGGAGCUGUAAACUCUGUUGUAAUGGCAUCGGAACAACGGAGAUGUUAUUCAGCUAGUAUGGAUGCGACAAUACGUGUAUGGAAUUUACCAUCGCCGAAGCGUGAGAUUUAUGCUCCCGUUGAUCCAUCGCUGAAUUUAAAUACAUAUAUUGGUCACACGGACGCUAUUUGGGAUAUAAGAUUGUUCCCUAUAAUGAAUCAAAAUACUCAGCUUUUAGCGUCCGCUUCGGCUGAUGGAACAGUUAAAAUAUGGGACACGGAAAUUGAUAGGUCUCCAUUAAAAACCUCUUGGAAUUAUUAUGGAACUAAUAAUAGUGAAAAGGUGAAUGGAGAUGGACGUCCUCCAAUACCGACUUCAAUCGACUUUUUACAUACUGAUCUAACGAAAAUUGCAGUUUCUUAUCAAAACUCGAUCAUCAAAUUAUUUGAUAUUGAAACCGGCCAAUGUAUUUUAGACUUCAAGAGUAAUGAGACAUAUGAUAAUACACCCGCGACACAAAUAAAUCGUAUUGUUGCACAUCCGACGUUGCCUCUAUUGUUCUCGGCGCAUGAGGAUCAACAUAUACGAUUCUUUGAUGUGAACACAGGACAAUCCACAUAUUCAAUGCUUGCACAUUUGGAUUCAAUCACUUCACUUGAUGUUGACCCAUCUGGAAUGAUUCUAAUAUCUGGAGGCCACGAUUCCUCAAUACGGUUAUGGGAUAUUUUCAACACUCGAACUUGUAUCCAGGAAUUUGUGUCUCAUCGUCGUAAAUCUGACGAAGGUGUGCUAUCCGUGCAAUAUCAUCCGAGCCUUCCGUGGCUAGCAAGUGGUGGUGCUGAUUCAGUAGCUAAAAAAGCCAAUUAUGCUCAUGUUGUUCAAAAAGAAGUUUCACCUACUAUAUGGGUUCAUUCCGGAUGUAUUAGAUGGGUACUUGGAAACCCUGUUUCAAAUAAAUUCAAAACGGAUGAUAUCGAUGAAAUUGAGACCUCCAACUGA